AGAACAACCCAACAUCACAAAAUAUGAUAUCUCACCAGUACCUCAAGGACAUUGGUGGUAUACCAGAUUGUAUGUGAAACCCUUCAACCUAUUGUCAGCUUAAGUUUCUUCUAGACUUCUGAGCUCAUCUGUGGUUAUUGACCUGAAAAAAGAAGACAAAUCAAAAAGGAGAGAGAACCUGAAACUGAAUACUAUCUAAUGAUUAUCUCCACAUCCCAUUGCAGAGCAGGAGGAAGGUAGAGAAACAUCAGGCCUCCAGCAUGAGCAGAAAAAGGAGGAGAAGCUGCAAGGGCAGGAAAAGCUCAGAUACUCGAGAAAAUGAACAUUUGCCAAUCUUCUGCAGAUGCCAGCAAAAUGCAGAUGCUGAAAACAGAGCAGGUGAAAAUCCAUCGAAAACAAAUUUGAGUGACGUCAUGGAUAUAACAGAGACUGAUAAAAACAGAAAUUCUUGCACAGUAACAAGUGAGGAAAAGAAUGUCAGUGAUGUCUUUCAAAACCAAGAACAAGAUAAUACAUGUGACAGUGCAAAAGAAGGGAAACAAGAAAAAGAUUGUUCUUUACUGGGUUUUUCUGGUCUGCAAGAUAAUGUCUUAGCAGAUGUAAACACUGAUGAAUCAGAAACUACAUUAACUGGAAAUGCUAAUCAGGAACAAACCUCAGAAACGGUACACUCUUUUCAGUCAGACAAUGCAUUUGUUGCAGAAGUGAAAUGUGGUUCUUUCAAUGUGAAAGUGGAAGUGAAAAAAAAUGAAUUGUUCAAUACCGGAGCAGAGUAUGUGGCUGGAAAAUGGAGACACCAUAAAAAACGAAGGUGUCGUAAAGAUCAUUGUUGUAAACUGCAGAAGGUCUCUAAUAUUCCUACUGAUUUUUCUGGAAAAUAUGAUCAACCAUCAAAAUGCACAAUCCAAAUUGCCAAUGACCAGAACCCUUCAGUGAAAUUAACCGUUGUUGGGAAGGAAAUCAGGAUAAAAUGUAGCAAUAGGAAGCAGAAAUUAACAGUUAGUAUUCUACCUGGUGAUGAACCAAAGAAAUGUGGUCAAGUUAGCAGAUCAAAUUAUGGUAAUGAAUUUGCCAGUGAUGCCAGUUAUUCAACAACAGAGGCAUCUUUCCAUUCAGAUUUUGAAUCAGACUUCAGUUUUCAGGAGAAAGAAGAAUCAUUCACAAGUUACAUAAGCCCAGAGUGCUGUGCUCUUAUUCCUCCACCUCUUGAGUUUGCUGAUCCUGAGGAGAUCUGUGCAACUGAGGUUGUUUCUUUAAGUUUGGCAGGUGAUAAGAAUGUAUCAGAUACAUUGUCAGUUGCCUUAAAUUGUGAUGGCAGAGGUGAUUUGUAUCAAGAGAAAAAUAGUGAAAUGAUGGAGAGUGCCAAUGGAAAAGAUUUCUUUAAGGAUAUGUUCUUUUCAGAAUUCAGCUAUACUGAGGAAUCUCCAAAAGAAGAUCACAGUUGCAGAGAAAUCCAUUUCAGAAAUAAACCUAAUGAAGGGAUGACUGAUGUACACCAAAUAAGGAAUAAUAGCUUGGUUGAUACAAGAAAUAUUAUGGUAGUCUCACAUCUGGAAGCAAACACCAUUAGAAGAUAUUCUUUCCCAGCCACUUCUGUUGAUAUAUUGUCUUCAUUCCCCCCUAGAAGAGAUUCAGGUUUCUAUUCAAUGCCAUCUUUAGCCUUAAAGGUCCUGCCCAAGCCAAACAAAUCAUUAAAUAACUGCAAUCAGAGUCACCAUGCAACUAUCAGCAGUACAGAGCUCUCUUCCAGUUUCACAUCAUUGCUCAGUAAUCUCAGAGAUCUUAAAUCUUCAUACUCCUAUGGCUUCACCUCUUAUGAUCAUGACAUGACUGUAUACCAUGCUGAGCUGGAAGAAAAACUAAACAGCGCUUUUUUCAUGGAUCAUUGUUUUGAAUUUAUGGAGGACUAUGAAGAAAUGGACCAGGUGGUUGUGGAAGAUUUUCAUUCCAUCGCUAAUUCCAUUAGAGAAGAAAAGGAGAAACAUAGACCUUGUGAGCCUCUGGGAAGACUAGAUAUAUGUGAGGAAUACACUGAACUUGCUAAAGGUGGGCUGGAUGAUGAGGUUGUAGGGACUAAUCACCAUAAAGUUCAGGCAUAUGUAGAAUUAGAAAAUAAAGCACCAGUAUGUCAAGCUGCCCUGGUUUCCAGACACCCAUCAAGUACAAGUACUGAUCACAAUAACAUUUCUUCUAAAGAUACUAUAGAUGGCAUACAAAGUGAACACUCAGUUCUGCAACCUGAUGGAAAUGAGUCUGAAGGGACAAAAAAGAAACAGAGAAGAUCAGUUAUGACUGUAAUAACUGGGCAAUUGGAACGAAGGCUCAUCAUUCGAGCUGACAGUAAAACUAUUGCAGAUUCUUUGGAUGUGACAAUGAAAAAGGAGCCCAUACUACCCUGUAGCAUAAGGGAAUCUUUUAUGUCACCUCUGUUGGAUGCAGAUGAACCAGAACUCGAUGAUGAAUUCCAGAGCUUUACUGAAGUGCAGGAAAUGUCUGAAAUCAUCCAUAGACAUUCUAUACACGAAGAUAUUUCUGCUCAGACCAAUUCAGUUUCUAACAAUUUAGAAGAUGAGCAUAAUUUGAUCAGUACCUUCACAGAAGCACCAGAGAUGGUCUUCAGCAGCCAAGAUAUAUGUGUAUCCAGUGAUUGUGAAACACAUUUAGCAGAAGAUGAAGUGCCAGAAUUACUGAAACCCAGCUGUGAAGAUCUUGAAAUACAAAGGGAAAUAAAUGUGGAUAUAGGCCAGAAUCCUGGCCCAUUAUCACCAAAAAUUCAGGUGAAGCAGCUAGUAACAGCAUUAGAAGACAUGAGCAUAACCUUGACCAAUGAUCAAGUAUCAAGAGAUGAAAGAGCUGACGAAUGCCCUCAGGAGGAACCCGUAGAUCGCUGGGCCCUACGAAGGAAGCAGUUCAAAAACAGCAAAAGAUGUAGCUCAGCUGGAGGGAGUUCCAUAAACAGCACUCUCACUGAAGGAUCAAUAAACUCAGAGGAUGGCCGUUCGCUGGAUCUAGGUCUGCGUAGUGAAAGUGAAGAGAGAGGUUUCUACACAGAGAUCUUCCAUUCAAUGUCUUGGGUAUUCAGAGGCGAUGAUGCCAGUCCAAAUAACAGCCCCAGAUGUCUUAGCAAAAGGCCUAGGCCAGUAGCUGUUCGAGAAAGAACUGUGAGGAUUGCGAAAGGUACUGGUGAUUAUCCCUGGGGAUUCCGAAUCCAGUUCUCAAAGCCAAUCUUGGUGACUGAAGUGGACACUAACAGUGCAGCCGAGGAAGCAGGUCUCCAGAUUGGAGAUAUUGUGAUGGCUGUCAAUGGCACAGAUGUCACCAGCAUGCCACAUUCAGAAGCUGCAAGUCUGGCAAGAAAAGGUCCAGAUAUCUUGACUUUGUUGGUUGGCUCUGAUAUCAGUCGUUGUCCCAAUACCCCUCGUCCAACUUGUCGGGGAUAUCUACAUAAACGGACCCAGUCAAGUAUCCUGAAGGGCUGGAGGAAGAGAUGGUUUGUGCUAAAGCAUGAUGGUUGCCUUUACUACUAUAAACACAAGAAGGAUGAAGGAAAAUGCAGACCUUUAGAAGUGACAAAGCUAGAAGGGGCUGAAAUUGGUAUGGAUAGCAGCCUUGGCAAACCUUUUGUAUUUAAAUGUGUUCCUCAGACUGGAAACAGGAUUUUCUAUUUCUGUGCCACAUCAAACCAAGAGAUGAAGAGGUGGCUAGAGGCUAUGGAAAAAGCUGUGCAUCCUGUUCAUCAGAACCACGUGUGGGUAGAUGUGACCAUGCACAAUACCAGCCUUCCACCACUUGCUAUCAAAAACCCCGAGUGCCUGGGGCUUCUUCACCAGCUGGACAAAAACAAGGACAUGUGGGUUCAACACUACUGCAUCUUGAAAGAUGGCUGUUUAUAUUUUUAUGCCAGCAUACGCUCUACACAUGCCCUUGGUGGGAUUUACUUGCAGGGAUACACUGUGAGUGAGCAGGCCCUUGGCUCCAGAAGGUCUGUGAUUGAAGUGAAACCACCUUCUGAGGAGUUUAAAACAUUCUAUUUGUGUGCAGAAAGUUUAAAUGAAAACAAACGAUGGAUUAAUGCACUGAGAGCCUCUGCCAGUAAGUGGUUGCCAUUAAACAAGGCCAUUCAAGACUUCAUGAACCGGCCACUGGAGGAGACCAGGAUGUGAAGGGUGGCCUAGUCUCCUGUGUUAAAUUUCAAAGCAGG